AUGGACACUUUUGGAAAUAAGGAUAAUAAUAAUAAUAAUAAUAAUAAUAAUGAUAAUGAUAGCAACAAAGAUAUUGAUAAUACAAUUGAAUCAAAAUUAACAUUAACACCCUCUCCUUCAACUCCAGAAAAAAUAGUAUCAACAGUAACAACUGCAGUAGCCAAACCAAAAAAAGAAUUAAAGAAUUUAGUAUUAUACAAGCUAAUUGAUAUAAAUAGUGCAAAAUGUUAUUUUAAAUAUCAAAAUAUUAGAAAAGAUAUUGAAUUAUUUAUAAAUAAAGAUGAUGAGCCAUCAUUUAGAAUUCUACUUGAAAAUAAUGCCGAUAAUAAUAAUAAUAAUAAUAAUAAUAAUGAUAAUAAGUUUAUUAUUGAACAAAGUGCAACCACUCUAUUGAAAUCAUAUUUAAAGUUAGAAAAACCAAUAAAAGGAAAUAGUUAUGUUUAUAUCAAUGAUAAGAAAAUUGAUGAUUACUCUUUUGAUUUUCUUAUAUCUGCUACCAGUACCACCACUGCCACAACAACAACAACAAACACCACACCACAAUCUAGUAACAAAACAAUACCAUCUACACCAGUGUCAGUAUCAACCUCAACCGAAAAAGCUAAUCAACUCAAUUCUACACCAGGUAUUGAUCAAACUCCAUAUAGAGAAAUUAAUGAUCAUAAAUUAAUAAAAAAAGUUAUAAUUAAAGAAAAUACUCAAAAAGAAGUAGAAGUAGAAGAAGAGUAUCAAUUCAUUAAGAAAUCAUCACCAUCAUUGAAACAACAUAUUCAAAUUAAAGAAGAAGAAGAAGAAGAAGAAGAAAAAGAAUUAAUUAUAGAGAAUGCAAAAAUAAAACCAUCAGGUGUUGGUAGAUUCUUUCAUUUCGGAUGUGAAAGAUAUUUAUCAUUUUCAAGUAGACAAACUUAUAAAGAGAAUGAUCCAAUUAAAUCAAUUCAAAGUCCAAUUUCAUCUGUUCAACAGAAACUAAUUGAUGAUGGUUUCAUUUGGGAGGAUAAAGUUUUAAAGUAUUUACAAGAUGAAAAUGAUAUUAAAAAUCCUAAAUAUAGAAUAUUUAAACCUGAAAAUGGUCAAGCAGAUUUAUCAAUCUCUGAAACUAUUAGAAUUUUAAAAGAUGAAAAAGUAGAUUCAACCCCAUUCUAUAUGAUUCAAUCAACACUUGAACCACCAAAAUCAUUUAGAAGAAAUUUACCUGACUCAAUUAAAUUUUCAAUUUCAAAGCCUGAUUUCUUAUUAAUUUCAAAAAAGAGUACUUAUGACGAUGAUGGUGAUGGUAAUAAAUCAAAUACUACAACAGCAACAACAACAACAACAACAACAACAACAACAACAACGGCAACAAUUAGAGAAAUUGAAAUUCAAGAUGCAAAAUCAACAACAGUUAUUGCAUUCCAUCAAAAGAUUCAAUUAGCAUUCUAUUCAUUGUUAUUGAAUGACAUUAUUAAAGAAUUUGGUAUUAAAGAUUUAGUAGUGUCAGAUAGAGCUGGUAUUUAUUUAAAAGGUAAUUUUAAUGUUGAAUAUUUUUCAUUAAAGGAUUCAAUUAAAAUACUUGAAAGUUUUUUAUUUGGUGAUUCUAUUAAAAAGAGAUCAUAUCUUUUAGAUAUCCUUUCAACACCAAAAGAAAAAUCUCCUUGGAUUCUUAGUGAAAGAUGUGAUGGUUGUGAAUUUAUAAACUAUUGUACAAAUCAAUAUGAAAAUGAAAAAACUUUAAAUUCUUCUGUAAAUAUAAAAUCUUCAUCAUUAUUAAAUUUAAUUAAACAAGAAAAUGAAAAAGAAAAAGAAAAAGAAAAAGAAAAAGAAAAAGAAAAAGAAAAAGAAAAAGAAAAAGAAAAAGAAAAAGAAAAAGAAAAAGAAAAUGAAAAUGAAAAAACAAAUCAAUUAGAAUUUUUAAUGAAAAUCGAUAAAGAAUCAAUUAAAAAUUUAGCACAAAGAGUUGAUUUUAUUAAAUCUUUACCAAUGAUUGAAGCAUCACUAACUGAUAAAGUUGUACCAACUGGUUUAUUCGAUAUUAGAUUAUCUUCAUAUGAAGAUAUUCAAGUUUAUUUAGAAAUUAUACAUAAUCCAAUUAAUCAAUCAAUUUACCAAUGGGGUGUUUUAGUUGUUGAUAAUACUAUCACACCACCAUCACCAUCAUCAAAUAAAUUUGCAAAAGGAAAUGAUUUCAUUGAAUUGGUUAUGGGUUUAUCAGUGAUUUUCAACCAAUAUCAUAAAUCGAAAUUAUCAUUACAAUGUUAUAUAUUUGAUUCAUUCCAAAAAUCAUUAUUCUUUAAACAAUGUUUUAAAUUAUUAAAAGAUAUUAAUAAUAAUAAUAAUAACAUUAAUAAUAAUGAAAUUGAAUUACAUAAAGAAUCAAUUCUUUUAGUAUUAAGAACUUUAUUACAUAGUAAUGAAUGGAUUAAUUUAAAUAUUGGUCAUUUUCCACAAUGUAAUGUACCUUUAAAUUGGACAUUAUCAGAUAGACAAGAUGAAUAUUCUUUCUUGGUUAUUAAAGAUUUAAUUAAAACUUCAUUUGCUAUAAAUGUUAAACCAUUUUAUACAUUUAAUAAUAUUGUAAAGAAAUUAUUAUCACCUUCAUCAAAUGCUAAUGGUGAUGAAGAUGAUGAUGGUGAUGAAAUAUUUAAAUUAAUAAUUAAUAAUGAAGAUUGUUCAAAUAUUAUUGAAAAUAAAUUACAUAAACAAUUAGAAUUAAUUAAUUAUUUAAAAUUAGUUGUAUUUAAAGGUGAAGAUUUAAAAGAAGUAAAGAAAGCAAACCAAUUCUUAAUUAGAGACAAAUCAAUUUAUAAUGAUAAUAAAUUAUUAGCAAAAUUAUUUUAUUGUUAUCAAAAUGAAUGUAUUUCAUCAUAUAGAAAAUUAAAACAAAUUAGAUCAAAUCCAUUAGAAAUUAAUUUAUUGGAAGGAACAUUCUACAAAUUAAAACUAUUAUCAAUUGAAGCAAAUGGUGAAAAGAAAUUUAGAUUAACAUUUUCAACCGAUAUAAACAUUCAAAAUUAUCAAAGAUUUGAACAUAUCAUUGAUAAAUCAUUCUCAAGUUUUGCUUUAAUUCAAUUAUCAAACUAUAAACAUAUAUGGUCUUUAAAUGAAAUUUUAUCAACUUCUUCAGAUUUAAAAAAUCAAUUCAUUGAAUCAAUUCCAUCAAUUCAUUCACAUUAUAUCAUUAACAAAUCAAUUGAUUUAAUUUCAGUUUCAUUAGUUUUUGAUGUUUCUUCAAAUGUUAAAUUUUUAAACAAUAUUGGUGAAGAAUUUUUAUUUUUUGAAAAAUAUGAUAUUGGUUACUUUUCAAUGCAUAGAAGUUUAUUAAAAUCGUAUGAUGAAAUGAAUAAAUCAUCAAUAUUUUUAGAUAUAUUAAAUGACCCAAAGAAAUGGUGUACCGAGAAUAUUGAUAAUGAUUUUAAGAGAUUAACUGAUCAAGUGAUUGAAUCAUUUAAAGAUAUUAGUGGUAUUAAUCCAAAUACUAAAUUAGUGAUGACAACUUCUCAACAAUUAAUAUUCGAUUCAAUCAUUAAAAAGAGAAUGCAAUUAGUAAGAGGUCCACCAGGUACUGGUAAAACUCAUUUCUUAGCAUUGGUAGUAUUAAUAUUUAUGGAAUCAUUCAAGAGAAAAGAAAAACCAUUUAGAAUUGCUAUAACUUCAUUUACACAUAAUGCAAUCGAUAAUUUGCUAUUAAGAAUUUCAGCAUUAAAAAAAGAAUAUUCAAUUUCUGUUGGUCAAGAUAUUAAUUUCCCAUUAUUUAAAAAACAAUCAUCCAAAUUAACUGAUGAAUUCAAAGAUAAUGAUAUUAAAUUAUUCGAUAAAAAAGAUUUAACAAAUCGUAAUCAUCUUUGUGUUGGUGCUACAAGUUGGUCAUUAUCAACAUUGGAUUAUAAUGAUUUCGAUUUAUUAAUCAUUGAUGAAGCUUCUCAAUUAAGUAGUUUUAUUGGCUCUAUACCAUUCCAAAGAUUAAAUAAAGAAACUGGUAAAAUUAUAAUUUGUGGUGAUAAUAAACAAUUAGGUCCAGUUUUAAAUGACUCAUAUCCAAAUAGAAAAGAAUUAAAUUGUAAUCAAAAUCAAAAUCAAAAUCAAAAUAAUAAUAAUGAUAAUCCAAAAUUACAUAAAUCAGUUUUCUCUUGUAUUAAAUCUCAUCUAAUUGCAAAUAAUAUUAAAAAUCCAUAUUUAUCACUUUAUGAAAACUUUAGAAUGAAUAAUCAACUUUGUAAAUUCUCUCAAAAUCUUUAUGGUAAACUUUAUCAAUGCUUUAAAGAGAAUCAAGAAUCAAUAACACCUUUAUCAUUUGAUAAAGAUGAUUUAAAUAAUCAAUUGAUUGAAUCAAUUUUCAAUAAUGAUUUAUCAUGUCAUACAAUCCUAUUAGAUGAUUCACAAUUUGGUGAUAAAAUAUUAGAAGCCAACAUUGUUAAACAAAUUUAUAAAUUCUUAAGAAAAGAAUAUUCAAAAAGAUUAAUUAAUAAUAAUAAUAAUGAAGAAAUAAAUGAUGAACAAAUUAAAGAAGAUAAAUUUUGGAGAAAAGAUUUAAUACUUGGUGUAAUUACACCACUUCAUAUUCAAAGAAAUACAAUUAUUCCAAUGAUAAAUCGUGUACAAAUUAAUGAAUUAAAUCUUGAAGCAACUGUAAAACCAAUUGUAAAUACAGUUGAAGUUACACAAGGUAAAGAAUUUGAAAAUGUAAUUCUAUGUUAUAAUGGUUUUGAUGAUCUUAAUCGUAUCUCUGAAUUUAGUUUUGACCUUAAUCGUUUAAAUGUUGGUUUCACUCGUUCAAAGAAAAGAUUCAUCUUAAUAGUUUCCUCAAAAUUAUUCUUCCCUGAUGAAUCAAUCUUUGAUAACAAAAGAAUGUCUUUAGCUUAUAAUCAUUUAAUUAAAUAUAUUGAAUAUUCAAAAAUUCAUCAAUUUUAUUCCUCACAAAUUAAAAAUGAUAAUAAUAUUAUUAAAAUUAAUAAUAAUAAUAAUAAUAAUAAUAAUAAUAAUAAUAAUAAUAAUAAUAAUAAUAUAAAUGACAAUAAUUUAAUCGAUAAAUUUAAUAACAGUUUGGUGUUCGAGGAUAAAAAAUGA